CCUCCUCAGACACGACGGAGACACCACCGAAGCGUUGCACAUCCGGCUGCUCGCCCAACCCCCACACCUCCCCCGUUCGGGCCCGGACCACCACCACCACCAUGGCCGCCGCCUCCCUGUCCCGCCUCUCUCGCCGCGCCUCCGCCGCCGCGGCGCCCUCUCUCCGCCGCAUCCUCUCCUCCACUGCCACCUCAUCACCCUCCCCCGCCGCGCCUUCGCCCCCGCUACCCCCCGCCGCGGCGGCGGGUGCGGAUCGGAUGCGGUGGGACUACCGCGGGCAGCGGCAACUGAUCCCGCUGGGUCAGUGGCUGCCCAAGGUGGCCGUUGACGCCUACGUGGCUCCCGAGGCCGUGCUCGCCGGGCAGGUCACCGUCCACGACGGCGCCUCCGUCUGGAGCGGCGCCGUGCUCCGAGGCGAUCUCAACAAGAUCACUCUCGGCUUCUGCGCCAAUGUCCAGGAGCGGUGCGUCCUUCAUGCCGCCUGGUCAGCCCCUACAGGACUUCCAGCAGAGACCCUAGUUGACAGGUAUGUGACAGUAGGUGCAUACUGUCUGCUGCGCUCAUGCACUAUUGAACCUGAGUGCAUCAUCGGUCAGCAUUCCAUCCUAAUGGAAGGUUCGUUGGUUGAAACCAACUCUAUCCUUGAAGCUGGCUCCGUCCUGGCUCCUGGAAGGAGGAUUCCGACAGGUGAACUCUGGGCUGGCAACCCUGCUAGGUUUGUUCGAAAGCUUACCAAUGAAGAGAUCAUGGAGAUUCCAAAGCUCGCAGUGGCCAUCAAUGAUCUAAUGCAAAGCCAUUUCUCGGAGUUCCUCCCAUACUCUACUGCUUAUCUGGAGGUAGAGAAGCUGAAGAAGUCGUUUUCAAUUCCUUUGUAAGAUUAUGUUUUUCCCUUUCCCAGUAAAUGAUUGAGGAAAUAAAGCAGCCCAAAUACUAGAUGCUUUGUAUCGAAUCUAAUUUGUAGUCUUGGUUGAUCUGUUACGUUCGAAUUUUUUUGUUCAUGGUUGUUGUGAACCGGGGAAAUGCCUGCAGGAAUUGUUUUUCCUUGUACGGGUGUACUUGUUCCGCGGUGCAAUAUGAUCUGUUUAAGAAAGUUUCGCGAUUCAGUCAUGGAAUAAUGUAGUUGCUUGAUACCACAGGAAUAAGCUGAUGCGUGCAUGCUUUAUGUGAAA